AUGGGCGUGGAAGCUCUAGGUUGUGUUGACUGCCUUUCAGCAAACCAUGCGAAGAAUCGAGUGCCAUCAACGUCCAGCCUUCUCUCGCGGUCUCCGGCACAUUCCGGAUUUUAUUCCAUGAGCUCCGACGAUCUUAGAUUUUCGGAAGGACAAAGCGGCAAAGAGACAAGAAGUUCACACGAUCUUUCUACAUACCAAUCAGAGUUUUCUGAGCCAGAAAACACAGAUCAGCCUAGCAGAUUGAAAGUCUAUGAUCACUCAGCCAGCAAAAAAACACAUCAGGAUUUGCGGGAACAGCGAACACUGGAUUCUGACGCUACUGACACUCUGCUAAAGGAAAUGGGUUGGUCGAUCAUCAUUGUGCAUGAUGCGAAGGGCAUUGGGUCAUAUCCAUUCCAAAGGCUAUAUACUGCGCCAGAUGGAAAAUGCUUUCAAAGCCGUGAGAGCGCACUGACUUAUCUUGGGAUUCCGUUUCAGGGAAAUAGGGAGUCGUUUAUUCGUUGGGAAGUCUGA